CAACCCAACCCAAUCCACCUUCAUCUUCAGACAUAAAAAAACCCCAUUUUCCCCACUUCUUCCGCCAUAUCCAAUUCUCCCCUAUUUUCUCUCUCCUCCAAUAAUGGGCAACUGUAAUGGCUUACCCUCCACUCUCUCUCAACUCCGCUCUUACGACAACCGCCCUGACCCUCCACUUCCUUCGCCACCACCUCAACAACCUCACGACCACCCUGACCCUCCGCCGCAACAACCGUCGCAGCAGCAGCAGCAACAAUCAUCGCAGCAGCAAAAGCAACAACCACAAAACCAACAACAAAAUUAUUCUCAUACUUCCGAUAUCGGCCGAGUCCUCGGCCGACCAAAAGAAGACGUCCGCGCCAGCUACAUUUUCGGCCCCGAAUUAGGGCGUGGACAAUUUGGUGUCACCUACUUAGUCAGUCACAAAGAAACCAAACUCCAAUUCGCUUGUAAAUCAAUUUCUACUCGGAAACUACUCAACCAAGACGAUGUCGAUGAUGUUCGCCGUGAAGUUCAGAUUAUGCACCAUCUUACUGGUCACAGGAACAUUGUUGAGCUUAAAGGUGCAUAUGAAGAUCGUCACUCUGUCAAUUUGGUUAUGGAAUUGUGCGCAGGCGGCGAGCUCUUUGAUCGGAUUAUUGCGAAAGGGCAUUAUUCGGAGCGCGAGGCGGCGCGGUUGUUUCGGCAGAUUGUUACGGUUGUGUAUAAUUGUCAUUCUAUGGGGGUUAUGCAUAGAGAUCUUAAACCUGAGAAUUUCUUGUUCUUGAGCUCUCUCGAAGAUUCGCCAUUGAAAGCAACUGAUUUUGGUCUUUCUGUUUUCUUCAAAUCAGGAAACGUUUUUAAAGACCUUGUUGGGAGUGCAUAUUAUGUAGCUCCUGAGGUUUUACGUCGUAGUUAUGGUGCUGAAGCUGAUGUUUGGAGUGCUGGAGUGAUAUUAUACAUCCUCCUAAGUGGAGUUCCACCAUUUUGGGGAGAGAAUGAGCAGGGUAUCUUUGAUGCUAUUUUACGGGGCAUUCUUGAUUUCACAUCUGAUCCAUGGCCUUCAAUAUCCAGUAGUGCCAAAGAUCUUGUGAAGAAGAUGUUGCGUCAGGAGCCUAAGGACAGGCUUUCUGCUCUUGAUGCUUUAAACCAUCCAUGGAUGAGAGAAGAUGGAGAAGCUCCUGACAAGCCAAUUGAUAUUGCUGUUUUAACCAGAAUGAAGCAAUUCAGAGCAAUGAACAAACUGAAAAAAGUAGCAUUAAGGGUAAUUGCUGAGAACCUUUCUGAAGAAGAAAUAAUGGGUUUAAAAGAAAUGUUUAGAUCUAUGGAUACAGACAACAGCGGAACUAUUACCUAUGAAGAGUUAAAGGCUGGUCUUCCAAAGCUGGGAACCAAGCUGUCAGAGUCUGAAGUCAGGCAGUUGAUGGAAGCGGCUGAUAUCGAUGGUAAUGGAACCAUUGAUUACAUGGAGUUCAUCACAGCCACAAUGCAUAUGAAUAGGAUGGAGAAGGAGGACCAUCUGUACAAGGCCUUUGAAUAUUUUGACGAGGACAAGAGCGGGUACAUAACCAUGGAGGAACUAGAGCAAGCCUUGAAGAAGUAUAAUAUGGGUGACGAGAAAACAAUAAAGGAGAUAAUUGCUGAAGUUGACACAGAUAAUGAUGGUAGAAUUAAUUAUGAGGAAUUUGUAGCUAUGAUGAAGAAAGGCAACCCUGAUUUGGGUUUAAACAGACGAAGAAGAUGAUUCAUAGGACAGUAACUUUGUAAUAUGACUACUAUGACUGUCAUGUGGAGCUCGUCUACGCUAGUCCUUGAACGAUGGCAGAGAUUUUGUCAAUAUCCAAACUUCUCCAACUAUUUAUGCCUUUGGAGUAGAGUGGAUCUGAUCCAGUGUUGUACAAUUAUUAUGUAAGGUCCUAUGUAUAUUUAUUUGGUUCCUAGUUGUGUAUUUUUUUUCUUUCUGUCAUUGUACAAUUGUUAAUUGUUUACUUGUGUCAUUCAUCUGGUGAGCUGAAUUCAUUUUGCUGUAAAUUAGUUGAGUUGUGACAGUGGUUUAUACAUAUAUAUAUAUGGGGGCCAUUUUGGGCUAUGGAAACUUGGAAUCCCUUAGAGUAUGCUGCCCUCGGCGAGUGAUUACUGAGGCAUGCAUAUGAUUAUUUGAAUGUAUACUUUUGAGAUAAAACGGGUAUGAUUUGGUCCCUAAUAUGAGCUUUAUAAAGGCAGAGAUUUCAUCUGUUCUUUCUUUGAGUACUGAGGUCUGAAAUUUAUGUCA